AUGUCUCAGCACUACAUCUUGGAAGUUGAACCUUUCGAUGUUUGGGGAAUCAACUUCAUGGGACCAUUCCCGUCUUCCUAUGGGAAUCAGUACAUUCUAGUGGCGGUAGACUAUGUCACAAAGUGGGUGGAAGCGAUGGCGAGUCUCACUAAUGACUCGAAUGUGGUGACUAAGAUGUUCAAGAGGGUGAUCUUUCCAAGAUUCAGGACGCCAAGGGUCGUGAUCAGCGAUGGAGGGUCCCACUUCAUCAACCGCACCAUCGAAGCUCUUUUGAAGAAGUAUGUUGUGAAGCAUAAGUUGGACGAAACAUUGGAGCCUUCCCUUUGUCAUGGGGUUGACUCGUCUGGCCAAUCCUCGUCGGGGGACGGUGUAUCGGAACUCUCCUGUAUGGACCCCGAUCUCGUAUAUUGGCAUCCAUCUUCUUCUUCUUACCCCGUUCCACCUUGUCGAGUUGGUUGA